AUGUCCAGGUUCAUGAGCUGCCCAAUUCCUGGGGGCAGAGACCGGCUGCCCGACUGCUGCAGCACCAUGCGGGGUGCGGGGGACACGCUGUUCGCCACUACCCUGGGAGGCACCAGGAUCAUUUACGACAGAAAGUUCCUGCUGGCGUGCAAGAACUCACCCAUUGCCCGGACACCCCACUGCUGCCUCUGGGCAACCCCUUCAACAGCCCCAUCCUCCGAGCUGGAGGAGCUGAAGGAACAGAAGGAGACAGAGGAAGAGAUACUCGAUGGCACACAAUUUGAAAGGGACAUCUAA